AUCGCAUUACGUGAACAAAUAGCGGAGGGGCAGCGGGGCCAGGACGGCUUGUGUAACUGCAAACUUGUCAGAAAGUUUAAAACCUCUCCCCCUUCUUUUACUCCAGACACUGUGCGCUCUCCUGGACCGCGGUGCGCCGCUCCCCCGUCGCCUUCCAGGACUGGGAAAGGGGAGAAGAAGGACGGACGGUGCCACGUCCGACGACCGAGCGGGCUGGGGGGGCAGGGUCUGCUACCCGCCCUUGGCACGAUUCCCCGAGACCCGUUCCCGCACCUCGCCCUCCUCCCUGCUCCAAGGAGCCUCCCUCCUUCUCGGGAUCUGAGCCCCCGUCUUCAUUUCCUCCGAGCUACGCCGCCGUCCUGGAGAAGAAGGGGCGAGCCGGGAGAGCCAUGCGCUUCGCCUGGACCGUGCUCCUCCUGGGGCCGCUGCAGCUCUGCCCCCUCCUCCGCUGCGCCCCGCAGGCCCCGCGCGAGCCGCCCGCCGCCGCCCCGGGCCCCUGGCGCCAGACCAUCCAGUGGGAGAACAACGGGCAGGUGUUCAGCCUGCUGAGCCUGGGGGCGCAGUACCAGCCGCAGCGGCGCCGGGAGGCGGGGGCCGCGGCCCCGAGACCGGACGGCGACGCCGCCGCCGCCGCCGCCGCGCAGCCGCGCACACCCAUCCUGCUGCUGCGCGACAACCGCACCGGCCCCGGGCGCUCCCGGACCUCCGGCCCGUCGGGGGUCGCCCGCCGCUGGCUCCAGGCUGCCUCGUCGUCGCCGUCGGGGGCUCGUGACGGAGCCCCGCGGCGCGCGGCGAACCGGACGGCGUCGCCGCAGCCCGCGCAGCCCGCGCAGCCCGCGCAGCCCAGCAAUCUGAGGCCGCCCAGCCACGUCGACCGCAUGGUGGGCGACGACCCCUACAACCCCUACAAGUACUCCGACGACAACCCCUACUACAACUACUAUGACACGUACGAGAGGCCCCGGCCCGGGAGCAGGUACCGACCCGGGUACGGCACCGGCUACUUCCAGUACGGUCUCCCGGACCUGGUGCCGGACCCCUAUUACAUCCAGGCAUCCACGUACGUGCAGAAGAUGUCCAUGUACAACCUGCGAUGCGCCGCGGAGGAAAACUGCCUGGCCAGCUCAGCAUACAGGGCGGAUGUCAGAGAUUACGAUCACAGGGUACUGCUACGAUUUCCCCAACGAGUGAAAAACCAAGGGACGUCUGACUUCUUACCAAGCCGCCCUCGUUAUUCCUGGGAGUGGCACAGCUGCCACCAACAUUACCACAGCAUGGAUGAAUUCAGCCACUACGACCUGCUUGACGCCAACACACAGAGGAGGGUGGCUGAAGGCCACAAAGCAAGCUUCUGUCUGGAGGACACAUCCUGUGACUAUGGCUACCACAGGCGUUUUGCUUGCACCGCACACACACAGGGGUUGAGUCCCGGAUGUUAUGAUACCUACGCAGCAGACAUAGACUGUCAGUGGAUUGAUAUUACAGAUGUACAGCCUGGAAACUACAUCCUAAAGGUCAGUGUAAACCCCAGCUACCUGGUGCCUGAAUCAGAUUACAGUAACAAUGUUGUUCGCUGUGACAUUCGCUACACAGGACAUCAUGCCUAUGCCUCGGGCUGCACAAUUUCACCGUAUUAGAAAGCAAGCCCAACGCCCAGUGGAUAAAGCAGUACCUGGUGUUUGGAAAAAUGAAAGACAUAGAUUAGCUUAAGUAGGAAAGACUUAUAUAUUUUAAAAGGCAAACGGAAAACAACAAAGGAAGUUUUGUUUGGACUCCUUCAUAGCAAAUCACAUAACUGGAUUUUUCAUGUUUAAAUCAGCAUUAUUUGGGAAAAUUUAAAUACUUAUUCAUGUUGUUUUAUGGAUUGAUGGUGUUUCGAUUCUGUAGGUGCUUACUUGGCCCUUUCAAAGAACUCUGAAUUUCUUAUCUUCUCUCAAAAUGAUAGUGUAAAAGAGAAAAAUGAUAUUUUAAUGAAUGAGCCAUAAUUUGAACUGAAUAUUUUCUAAAGUGUAGAAACCAAUGAAACAACAAAGAGCUUACAUUUGCCUCAACUAGAUUCAUUUUAAAAAGAUGUGCCUACUGUGUAAACGGAAAUGAAUACACUUGGUGCUGAGGAAUUACUUUGUUGUCAUGCGAUGUUACUCUAUAGCAGAGAGAUGGCGAUAUAUGUAUUCAGAUAGUUACAUCCCUAUAUAAAAUUAUGUUUACAUUUUAAAAUUGCUAGAUGAUUUUCUUUCUGUUAAGUGCUUCAUUUCACUCCGAGUCAGCUUCUGUUUUGGAAUGAAUUAGGUAAUUUCAAAUUCCUGUCUGAUAUUUGUUGAUAUUCCCCUUUACACUUAGUUUUUCUGUGGACAGAAAUGUCUACUGUGGCAGUCUUCACAACAGCAAACAUCCUGACGACAGGUACGACAUAUGUAGGGCUGAUACGCCCUGCAGCCUAUUUUACUGUCAACCAAAAUUAAGUCACUGCUGACACAGAAAUUACACAACGAAUCUCUAACCUCACAACCAUCUUUCAAAUACUGCAAAAAAAAAAAAAAUACUGGAAAACCUUUUCAGAUUCUUCUCAAUUCUGCUACACUUCUGAAAUGUUCAGCUAUGAAAGGGAAUGAAAAAAAAAAAAGAAAUUAUCCAUAAUAGAUGACCUGCUGUGUGCAACACAGGACCGUCAUUCUAAACCCUCCAGGAAUUGGGUGUACAUGUUUUCGUGUAUUUACCAAAUACAGCCCAAAUUAGAGAAGCACCUAGCAUUGCAUACUUGGGAGGCUGGCGAACAAGAGGGAAGCAGGUACGUUCUGCAAAAACAAGGACUGCGUGCCACAACGCGACCGCUGUGACCUUACUUCAAACUGUGAAACUGUGCGCAGCAGUGGAAUUCGGAGACUCUUAAGUUCAGAAGGUGCAGAAGGAAAUCAAGUUAGACCUUUGAGUUCCUGGUGCUUACGUCGGCCGAAGUUUUCCUUCAUUAACCAGCACUGUAAUCCCAAGUAGUGCAUCUCCUGUGCCAGAACCUGUCAGGUAGACCUUUCUAAAUGAGCUGGGAUCCUGCCUUUGGAGUUGUAAGGGCAACAGUUACUAACUACUAUACUGUGCUCACUGCUGCAGAGCAGCCAGAGGGAGCAGAGAUGGGCAGUCUCCAGGGGAGGGUAGAGCGGUACACAUGAUUUUUAUCUGCUUGAACACACACUUACCCAUAAGCGAAUACAGACAGAAUUUUAACUGAGCUGGUAUGAGCUGGUAUCUGAUCAAUGGAAUUGCUUCUUUGAUGUACCUCUUUGCCUUAGAUGGCUUUUCAGUUUUAAGGCCGUAGAACAAUCCUUUCAAAUUAUAAUCAUUCUAAAAUUAUAAAAUAGAGAUAUUUUAAUAUGCGUGCUUUUAAAAAGAAAACAAAAACUACUGUCAGUAUUAAUACUGAGCCAGACUGGCACCUGUAGAUUUAACAUCUUGCCUUUCUAAGAUUCUUUAACUCUAUUAAAAAACAAAAAGUAGGCUAAUAAUAUGGCUUUAAGAUAUAUAGGGUAUUAAUUUCAAUGUGACCUUUAUCUCUUCACUCAUCACUGUGUGAGGGACAGUAUAAGCCAAGUAUUUACCUGCUAGACAUUGGAAAAUAAAAUGACUGUCCCUACUCUUGGUAAGUAUAAAAACUGGGCUUACCUUAUUUCAUUUUUAACUGCUAAAAGUAUGUCUAUAGAAUUUCAAAUUUAAACACUACUAUUUGCCAUGGCCAUAUUUUAUUUUUCAAUAAUUAAGUUAAAAGUUAUUAAUUGUAUACUUGUCUGUAUUUCUAAUAAUUAAAAUGUUUCAAAUCCAUGAAAUGUCUGCCUUUUAAAUGUAAUUUGGGCUUUUUGGUUGUUGUUUUUUUUUUUAAAUUAGGUAGCUGUUUAUUUGUAAACAUUUUUUUUCUUUCUACAACUUUAAAGCUUUAAGUGACUUUAAAUAAUGACUUAGCACUUGCUAUUUUUUUACUCUUGGGCAGCUUAGCUCUCCAAAUGACUAACGAGGUCAUUGAUAAUUAGAUGGUGCGGAGUAAUAACAGCCACAAGCUAGUCUAUCCAAACUGUAAACGUUUAAAGAUGAGAAACGAGAAUGACAUAAAGAUGACCCAAGACUGGAAAAAUACAGCUGGUUUUUACACUAAGAAAGGCUGUGAAAGAAAAGGAAAAGCAGCGUAGUCAAGUCUACCCUUUGCCUUCUAUGUAGUACCAUAAUACUGAGACUGCAGACUCCAUCUCCAGCAGGACCAUGCCCUAUCUUGCCUAGUUCUGUUCUUCAAAUUUCGCAUAAAAACAAUAAUUUAACUUACAGUGUCCAUCUAAUUAUUUUCUAGGCAUUCUUUGUAGCAGUGGUGUGCUGUUCCUUAAGGUUUGAAUGUUAGAAACCUAUGCGAACAUUAUUCCUUAUGUUCAGAAUUUAAACAAAACGUAGUUCACUAAAAUUCUCUCCCCACUGAUCAUUAAUCCUCGGAAGAUUUUAUGAAAAUACUGAACUCCUUAUCAGAAAAUAUUUUAGAAAUAAAUUUUCUAAUAGUAUAUUAAUAAAAUUACGCACUUUAUGUACUUUUCAUUUGUGAAUUCACAUAUACAAUAUUUUUAAAAAUCAACAAUUUAAAUUUCAUUUCCGGUUACCCAAAGUUCUACCCCAAUUUUGGGCACAAAUAUUGUUAGCUUUUAAGCUCAAACGGUGCUGAAUUAUCUUAACUUGAAUGUAAAAUGCAUUAAGUCUUAGCUCAUGGGAUACAGACAUUUAAUAUAUAACUUCAUACUAGGUGACAUGUCAUUUGGUGUUAAAUUGUCUAUAAUAAAGUUUUAGUUUCUCCCAGUUUUUUCUGAAUUGUUAUUUGUAAAAACACUUAUAACUUUUUUAAGGAAUGUUUAUUUUAAAUGUCCAGACACAGGCUUUAUAUUGCAUUCUCACACUCUUUUUAUUAUACGCUGUAACUUCAUAAGUACAUAAAAAAAUGCCUUGAGUAAAUGAUUUCAAGUGUCUAAAGUGGUCAUUUGCUGAUACCUACAAAUAAAUGAUUUUAAUUUCAUUUGUGGUUAAAACAUUAAAGCCAUGCAUAUGGUUUAUAUCCUUGUUUAA